GACGCGGGAAAAUGCAGGAGGAGGAAGCCAAGAUCUUGCUGGGCUUUCCUCCCAAUUCUCGUCCCGAUCCUUCUCAGGUUAAAGCAGCGUACCGGAAGAAAGUAUGGGAAUCACACCCUGACCUGUUCCCUGAUGAUCAGAAGCUCCGUGCCGAGUCUAAGUUCAAAUCUAUAUCCGAAGCUUACUCUUGCCUUGAGUUUGGUGAUGUUAAAGGCCAACACUAUUCCAGAUCAGGUGUGUAUUCAAGGGUGGUCAGGACGGGAGUCCCGCGGACAUAUGCAUAUGCCAAAAGAGGUAAUGCGUGGUUGAUCGGUGCACCUUUCCUUUUGAUCGUCCUUGGAACCAUCGGUCUUGGUGGAAUCAAAGCUAACAGGGCAUACAAUAUGCAAAAACAGACGUUCCCCUCUCAUAAUCCCUUCCUUCCUUGAUUCAGAGUGUCCCUCUCUUUGAAUCUGAGUGAGAGCUGCCAACAGUGAGAUAUAUUUACUUCUUGUUAAAUUCGAAAGGGAUGUAAGGUUAGAGUAACUCUUUUAAGAUUUGAAGUCCUAGGAAUGUGGGGAACUAGGGAUUAUCUGCUUGGUGAUUCCUCUACUUGUUGUAAUUUGAAUAGCAAUACAUACACAAGGACUCGGCUUCUGUACUUUGUAUUUGUAUUAUUAUACUUGAUUCAGUGAAA